AUGCAGAGCAGACUAGAGAAGGCGAAACUUCGUGAUGUAGCCAAGAGGGACGCGUUUGUUCAACAAUUGGUUCGACACUCGGGUGCUGGUCGAAUUUACGGCCAAGACGCGAUACUGCAUCCUCGUGUCAAAGAUCCAGAGGCUCUUCUAAGUCUUCCUGAAUUUAUUCGAGAGGGCUUACCCCCAAACUCUGAACGACUGAAGGAUCCAGAAACUCUUCUGACUUUACCAGAGUUCGUGAAAGAGCUGCCUCCAGUUAGGCAGGACGAAAUCACGCUUCCUCCUAUACCAACUACCAAAUCGAAGAAGAGCAGGAGUCGAAGCUUAUCUGCGCCUCCAUUAUCUUGGCUGCGACCCUUGUCAUCCUCGAAGUCUAAUUCAAGCCAGGGUAGCAGCUCUGGUAUCUCCAGUGUUCAGUUGCAGCCAAAGUUCGGAGAUCAAAGUACCUCCUUUGAUGUCGUAUACGUUGCGGAGAACCACGAAAACUUGCAACAUGUACUCGUUUUCUUCACGGUGACUGGCGCAUACCCUGGCGUUGACUUGGAAGCCGAAGUAUUACCCCCAUUCCCUGAGCAUCCUUCAGAGGGAGGAGAUCAUCUCCUCAUCAAAUCCGGCCCCUACUGCUCGCUUCCGCUCAUGCUCCCUGCUCGGACGACCCCAGGGAAGAAAGAAAUUCAGGUUCAGAGUGGACACUACGAAAUCAGACUUUCGACUUUACCCUCAUCAUCGUCCUCCGAUACUGCAGAAUCACCAACACCCCUGCUUGAUGCUUCCCACCUUUCGUCGAUGAAUCCCACAUCUUUCAUUUGUGCCUCAUGUUCCCUGCCUCUCAUUCAAUCCACAAAGAUCGACCACUAUCGCGAUCUACCGUCGGAACAUUGGGAAGAGCUAGUCGAGGCCUGGAUGUGUCAUACCGACCAGUCCCUUCACGAGCAAGUGGUUAAAACUGGCAAAACUGGGUUUUGGCCGGCUCCAGGUCAGGCACUCGUGGGAGGAAGCUAUAUCUUGUUCGACAACUCCGCGAUGUCUACAAACAACCUAUACCAUGCGAAAGAAGCAUCGCGCGAAGACAACUGGCAUCUUGCACGAUGUCUAUGCGGCGCUGUCUUUGGGAGAUAUCAAGAGAAACCUUCAGAAGAAGGCGACGUUCGUACAGCCUACCGAGUCCUCAAAUACGCAGUCCGUCCCGUCAGCUCGACAGCCGAGUGUUUGAAGAUACCACUGUCUGCAUUCAUCGUCGAAGAUAUGACUGAAUUUGUUCAAGCUCAUGCUUCGUAUCGGUUCAUUAUCAGCGAUGAGGAGGAAGAACGGCCACGAAUCCUUAUGUGGUUAUUCAAACCGCGCAUCCGCCUCGCGUAUACCACGCCCACGUCCCGCGCGAUUCCCAAGAGUGCUUCGGUUGUGGCCGCGAAGGUCCUUUAUAAACUCAUCUCACCGUCUGAUGCGAAUGUAGAUUUGAAAAGCCUCCUCAAUAAAUACCCAGGAUUUCCUCAAGCUGAAUAUCUCUCAUACCCGAUGUCUAUCUGUCGUCGCCUGGCUGGAUUUUUGAAGCAGAGUAAUACCGCAUACCCGGAACGGUUGCGCAUGAUGACUGGCCUUGAAGUUGGUUGGCUGCAGCGUGCGUGAAUUGGCCUGAACUUUCAGCUCUAUUUAUUUCGUAUCUCUGCUCUGCGUUUCAUGAAUAUCCAUAUUUCACCCUGCUUUGUAUACGGUAUGACUACUCGAAAUUUAACAGUGUUCGAUAA